CGUAAUAUCUUAUAGUUUGAUAAGAGUCAAUCGACGAUUCAAAAGAAAAUAUCGCCUUCCUCUUCAGAGUCGAAGUGUGAGCAAAUCAAGAAACCAGUAAUUAGCAGGCUGUUCUCCUUGCCGCUUGCUGUUUGCUUACUCUUUUACCUUGACGAUGGAAGUGACACAUUCUUCCGAAACGCCUGCUGAGUUUUAUUGGACUACACAGACUAACAUCGCAGAAGAAAGAGCUGUCUCCUAUAAAGUUCUCGCUUUUUAGAUAACAUGGCAUGGAGUAAAAAAAUUAUAUUGUAGUAAAUAGUGAAACUAGUAGACACUUUAGAAACGGAGAAAACGGUUUUGUUUUCAUGAAGUGACACUGAGAUGCAUAUGUGUUCCUAAGUCAACUAUUUAGUAAUCCAUGCUUUCAACUGUAACCUGUGGAACUGCUCGCAGGGAAAGGAAAAUGUCGCGAGGUUCGUGGAGUGGUGGUGAGAAUGUAUGGAGAUAUGGCAGAUUGCAAUCAAAAGUGUCUACCACUAAUGUAGUGACCCGAUAGGAACCCGUAGGAACGGAUGCAGAAGGUUUAUAUAGUUGUGGUGGCCGAAAUCUUAUGAAAGGAAGAUUGUACAACUACAUAAUUGAAACGGAAAACGAAUUUUAAUAUGUACAGAACGCAUUUUAAGUUCAGAUAUGUGGUGUUGUAGUGGCCUGUAUUCGUGCUCCAUAGCAAUAGAAUGUUUCGAGCAGCACCCUCUAGAGACACGCAUCAUCAGCCUGCUCCUGAAAGAGUGGAAAAUAAUGGUUCUACGAAGGCAGAUAAUGGUGCAGCAUCGAAUUCAAUGGGAGAUAUUGAGGUUGAUAAUUCAGCUACCGUUCUGCUGAAGAUUGCCAGUUUGUAUGCAGAGCGAUUGAUGAGUGAUAUUUGCCUUGUGGUUGGGGGGACAGAAUAUCCAGCACAUCGGCUCAUACUUUGUGCUUCAAGUGAAGUUUUUCAGGUGAUGCUGAUGAAUCCUGAAUGGAGUGAAUCACAGGAAAGUAGCGUGGUGCUUCAGGAAACACCAGCAUGUGCUGCUAUCUUUGGGGAUUUUCUUAGGUACUUCUAUACCGGUCAGAUUCGGAUCAACCACCUGAGAGUUAUGCCAGUACUUGGCUUGGCUGAUAAAUAUAAUGUUAAGGAUCUCGUUAAACUGUGUGUCGAAUACAUGUGUGAGCACAUAGCACAUGCCGCUGCAAACAAUCAACUUAUCUCAUGGCUGCAGUAUACACUGACAUGCGGCCACUAUCAGGUUGCCCAGGUGUGCCAGAACUUUGUGAAAUGGAACCUGGAGCUUGUGGCAGAAACCACAGACUUUGGCAACUUUGAGCCAGAGAUUCUCGUGACUCUGCUUCAACAGAAUGAUCUUGUCAUCCACAAUGAAAUGACACUCUACAGUUGUGUAGUUAAGUGGCUGGAUCUACAAAAAGAACGGUUAUCCCAUAAUGUAACCAAUAUGAGUGAUGAUAUAGAUGCCCACAUGGAGCAGUUGGUAGUAGAGGUGAUGUCGCACGUCCGCUUUCCCAUGAUGUCACCACGGCAGCUUGCCGACCUACUCCUUUCUCCGCUAACAAAGACCUACAAGGAAUUCUUUGUGGAACGCAUGGCCAUUGGGAUGGCGUUCCAUUCAGGUCAGACCCAACUCGUACAGGAUGUACUCCAGACUGAUGAGGGACGAUUGCUGUUCACGCCUCGUCUUUACACAGCCGACACAUGGAGCACGUUGCUGUCAGUGGAGAACUUUCUCCUCCUACCUGCGUAUCAUACUCGUACGCUAGUAUUCUCAAGUCGGUCGUCUCUGGCAGAGCAUGCUGGCGACCAUGCCUGUGAGUGGGUGGUUGAUGUGUAUCCUAAAGGGGUGUGGUUCCGUAAGUUUUACCUGAUUGUUUGGCAGGGAACUGUGGAGAUACCAGAAAGUGUGCUGCGUACAGUGCGUCUCUCUGUGAUGUGCAGGGACCCUCCUCCAGCAGGUCAUACUCGGGUCAAAGUAGGAAUCCUAAUUCAUGGCGUUCAAGAUGGUGUUGAACACAUCAGGACAGUUAUCGAACGUAAUCACCAUUUUGGAGAGACUGAUAAUGUUUUGAAUUUUGAUGACUUGCUGUCAUUUGAUGAGCUGAAUAGUCCUCCAGGAGGGGCAUCUACCGGAGGAACGAGUAGUCCGUAUUUAGUGGGCCAUAACAGGGAUGUUCUAAAGUUGCGGAUUGUAAUAGCUCCGUUAAGUGAUCUAUGUAGCACCAGGGCACCACCCUUCACAAUUAAGUAGCCUCUUUCUAUCUGAACCUCCUUUCUAUGUCACAAAUGAGUCCUGCUUUGUGUUCUUGUGGGUAAGCCUUUUGCUGCUACAGUGUUCUGGUAUCACUGGAAAUGUUCUGCAAAUUAGCAAUAGUGCUGAUAUCUGGUAUGCGUGUUGCAAGACUUUAAGGCAGUCAUCAGAUUUAUAAUUAGGAUUAUCAAGCUUUGGAUUUAAAUUUGAUUGCAUGUGUUCAUUGAUGCAAUUAAGCAAUCCAAUAAAAGAUCAGGAAAUGCAAACAUUUAUUGAACUUUCUCAAAUGAGAGUGCCAUACCCACUGUAUAAAAUAACAUGCCUCUACUUGGUUGGAAGUCUUGUAAAGUUACUUUUACUAUAUUACUUGCACAAAGGAAGUGUUUAUGUAAUUUGUAUUUUAUUAAAGGUAUGUCAAAAAUAAAGUUGUACUUCAGACAAUUAAA